AAUGUGUUCGAUACGUUCAUGUACUGAUCAUAACGAAAUUGUAUAAUAUGAUACCUGGCAAUACGCUUUAACAGUUCCGCUGAAAAUGAUUUGAAAAGUGUCGUUUUUUCGUGGUUCAUUAUGAAAUAAUUACAGUGGUAAAAUGGUGUAUUUUGUUCAACUUUAAUCGUUGUUGUACGCCAUAUCCACAACUUGCCUACGCUGACCGUUAUGUAUUUCGGCUGCCUUCGGUUGAAGGCGGGACCAACGAUUAUGUGACGACCCAGUUCAUCCAGUAGUAAGCUGCUGCUACGUCUCAUAACAGCAACACAUUCAAGGUUACCGAUCCACACUCGAGGCAGAAUGGGCUCACACCUGAACAAUAUCUGUUGGUCAGUCUCCAUCUGACAGGAUGCAUAUCGUUGAUUUUGUGUCUGGAUCAUUUGCAGGAGCAUGUGGAGUUGCAGUGGGCUACCCUCUGGACACUGUGAAGGUCCGGAUCCAAACCCAGAGACAGUUCACCGGGAUAUGGCAGUGUGUAGCGGCGACAUUUUCAAAAGAAGGGGUGCAUGGCUUCUUCAAAGGCAUGACCUUGCCCCUCAUCACGAUCUCUAUGACUUCUUCGGUGGUGUUCGGCACAUACAGGAACUGCCUGCAUUGUCUGAGUCAGGCGCGCAGAGCUGGUUAUGGUCCAAACACCAAACUAGAUAUCUUCCUCUCUGGUAUGAUGGCGGGGGUGGCUCAGACAUCAGUGAUGUCUCCAGGUGACAUAGUGAAAGUGCGUCUGCAGUGUCAGACGGCGUCAAAGCGAGGAGGAACCAGCACGCCCAAACCCAAGUACCGAGGUCCAGUUCACUGUCUGCUGAGCAUUGUCAAAGAGGAGGGUCUCAGGGGCCUUUACCGAGGAGCGCUCCCACUUAUGCUGAGAGACACGGCGUCGUACGCCACAUACUUUCUGACUUACGCAACGCUCUGUGAAUGGCUGACAGACAGCGGCAAGGACAAACCAAGUUGGAGUGGCGUGAUGCUGGCCGGUGGAUUAGCAGGAAUAGUAGGCUGGACCUUAGCAACCCCCAUGGACGUGAUCAAAGCGCGCCUGCAGAUGGACGGAGCGCUGGAGAAGAGGCGAUACAAGGGUUUCUUUCACUGCAUCACUGAGACGUCCGCCAGGCUUCAGGAACCAGGCGUUUUCACGAUUGGAUGCUUGCUGAAAUUCUAGGAAUUGCAGACUGCGCUGUGUAACAACAAAAGCCCUGAAUGUUGCCUUUGUAAGCUGCUUUUAAUUAAACACUGCAUGUCUCUCCCCCCCCUUAUGCAACACCAGCCUGCAAUUAUGCAUGCAUCUAAAGAUCUCAUUGAAUAAAUUUACAGGCCGGUUGGUCGAGUAAUGACUGGAAUUAAGUGACACCUUUUCACAGAUUUUUUUCAGACAACUUUCAACAUGUUUGCCAUGCUUCGAUCUUACUGUAUUUGCUCACAAAACAUGCUCCAAGAGAUGAAGUAAAACCUACACAAGAGACGUGUCCCGUUAGUAAUAUUUGUCAGUGAUGACUUUCAUGUCUUUUAACUGUAUCACAGUAUACAUUUCAAUGGCCUAUGUUGUAUAUUCUUGCAUCACAUAGAAGCCCUCAUCAAUAGGCCCUAAUUAUCAAUCUAAUUCAUUCCAAAUCUUACGAAUUCCAACUGUCUUUCCAAAGAAGUGCACAAACGCAUGAUAAAUCAACCAGGAGGGCGACUCAUUAAAUGGCGUUCACAUAAUGUUGGAAAGCUUAAUUUUGUUAGAAUCGGUCCUCGGCAACUACCACUUGGGGCCCCCAUUCACCAAUUGCUGUUUGGGCUAUUUUGGGAGCUCUGCGCUCCCCUGUUAGUGACGUGUGCUGCUGGGUAAAUUUGCAGCUCCGGGGGCCUGGGCCUGCAACCUCAGAUGGCAUCAAUUGGCAGAACACGGCAGGGUGGGAGGGAUGAGAUGGAAGGGUAACAGCGAGGAUGCUAGAAGGAGAAGAACAGAAACGAAGGAACUUGACAGAAAAAACUAAAAAGGCCCAAUUAUUGCAAGAUGACACAAGGACAUGAGUGGGGUUUGAAUGAAAGUACACAAUGUUCUAAAUGAUAAAAAAAAAAUAUAUAGAAACUAACCAAAUAACCAACUAAUCCAAUAGAAAUAGGUAUUUUUUAAUUAAUCUAAAUAGGAAAAUCAGUUUGCAUCAGAUAAGAGUGACGAAGGCAGCAUAAAUGAGGAUAAAUUAACUGAUUCUUACUGAUGACUAACAAGUGUAGGGAAGUGUGAGGUGAUGACAGAGGUGGAUGAGAGUGGGGGCGCUGUUGUACUUCAUACUAACCAACUGUGGCAAAUGGAAAGAGGUAAGGACAUACUGAAUAAAUCUGUUUGAUGCUCAGUGCAAAUCUGCCUGAUAUGCAGAUUGGUUAUACAUUUGUUUUGUUCCUUCCAUGAAGGACUGCUUUAAUGACGAGCAAAAUAGAUUUUAAAUGGAAAAUCACCAGUUCUUCAAAGUAAUUCCUCUUUAAAAAUAACAAAUCACAGCUGUUGGAAUGUAUUUAUUUGGGCAGAGACAUACUAACUAAUACAAUCAUUGAUUGCUUAUUAAAUAUUAACUGUUAAAAUCAAUAGCAACUCAUUCAAGUAUCCAUAAUAGGAACCAGUUCAGAUCUCACCUUCACGCAAUGAAGCCACAUGAGGCCAUUUGCAAUUAUGCCAGAUAGAAAAUUGAAUUAAAAAUGUAUAAAACUGAUGUUUUGAUGUGAUAGCAAACUAUCAACACACUAUACAACAUAGAGGGCUACGUUGUGGUUUUGUGGUAAGUGGUUUGUUUUCCAGAAUAAGAUCUACUAAAAAUGAUUUAGCCAAAUUCUUCAACUCAUUGGUCUGCAUGUUUUGGACAUUAGCUGAGAGAGAUUUAAUUCAAACCGGGUCUUUCAGGUUGUCUGAGGUGCUGGAAAACCAUAAUAAGCAACUCAGAGGAUCCAUAACUUCACCAUAAAUUCCUGAGACCUCCACUAAUUACAGAGGUGGGGCAGUAAACUCCCAUAAUAGGGAUUCGCGUAUUCCCUCCAGCACAAAUAUCCCAGAUUACCCCCACUCAAAGUUCUCAGCACUGAAAAAAAGUUUGCGUAAAUCAAUACAACACCUACUUUCUCUUUCCUGUAACAUCUAAUCACCGCUCUGGUUAUGUCUUUAUUUGAGACACUGGCACUGAGCCAGGUCUCUGUGGAGACGUCCUGUGCAGUCGCACUUCAUAACAUAAUGUAAGAAUUCAAAUAUGGGAUUUGGUUUCUUGUGUUUAUCCUUAGAACUGUGAACUUGACAUUCCGUGGAGAAUAUUUUUCACACCCCUGCACAAAACUUCACAGCUCUUCAUUUUAAAAACAGAUAUAUUUUACUUUUCUUUAUACAUUUAUUGUCAACUUUAUUUGUUUCUUGACUGUUGCAGUAUUUGCUUUUCUUGUUGUCUUACUAUGUUUACUGUUUAAAACACUAGAGCAAACACUAGAAGCUGAAGCUCAUAUCACUCGAGUCAGAAUCUAUUAUUUACAUUAGACAUUUUAGAAGAGUUUUAGGUAUGAGAGCCCAAACCUGUCUCAUUUAGAGAGAAAUAUACUGCUCUCUGAUUUGUGCAUAACAUAAUGGUGAUGUUGAUGAACAUUUCUGCAAAUUCAGAAAAUGGUCAUACCGAAUCUGCAUUCAUAGCAACAUAGCAAUUGAAGCAUGAUUAACUUUGUUUUAUGUUUAGGCACUCUGAGUACAUGGUUGAGGAUGUUGACCAGUGAAAAAGUCAAACACAAGACAGGACAUGCUUACCUGAAACCACAGUCUCCCCCUAACCAGUACGCAGUAUUCAAAGAAGUGAGACCACUUCUCUCACAAGCUCUUUUUGAAAUUCCUAAAACAAUUACUUUUGUCACCAUCUCAUGAACAAGUGCAACGCCAUGAAUGCUUUCUAGAAUAGACUGCCCGCAAGUAUGUGCCCAAUAGAUUUGUUAUGUAUUGCUAUGCAUGAUUUUAUCAGGAACAGCUUUAAACAUUUUUUGCUUUCAGAUGUGGUCAGUCAACAUGUUGUAUCAAAGCAUACUCCGACCACAUCAACAGAUUGCAUGCAACAUAUCACUCGAUUUUCUGGAGAAAAAGAAAAAUUGGUUUGUGGCAAAUCAAAUUAGUUGUAUAAAUGACCCAAACAAUAGGACAGCUGUACAAUGCAGAAAACUGUAGGAAUGCCAAUGUGAUUGGAACUAAUUCACCCCAACUGUCUCUUGGGAGCAGCCUUAAUGUUGCAUGUUCAUUUGGCUCCGGCUUUGUAAGGGUCAAGUCAAUCUCUGCCAUACAGUUGUCCAGAAAAAGGCACAACCAAGAUAUGUUAGUUUGAUAUUGAUUUAUGUCUCUGUAACAAGGGACAGGUGAGGGUCCAGCAAUCACGCAGCACUUAAGAAUGCAAGACGGUGGUGACGUGUAGUCCUCUUUUCGUUUUUGCUGACUGUUUCAGCCUAAUGUCAUUUGUUCUGGUAUACAAGAUAACAGAUGGCACACAGGCUGGAGGCAGGCAGGGAAGCGGGCCAUUGGCUCGUCGGAAUAAGAAUUCUCCCAAACGGAGCCCAGAAUGAUCAGGCUUUAGUUAACAGGGGGAAAUGAAAUAGGCUUACAAUUGAUAAGGAUUGCACGCAAAAAUGUGCAAAAUGGAAUCUGUAUUAGGAGCCGAGGGACAUGUUAGAAACUGGAACAAAAAAAAAAGAUGUGGAUCAAUGAUCAAAGAGCUUUCUGCCUGUCUGUUUAAACCCAAACUAUGAUCUUUUUCUAAAUAUCACCUAGUAGUUUUGUUGCCUAAACCUAAGGAGAUUUCUGAAGACGGGUCAGUGAGUUAAUCGGGUCAGUGCCUUGGAUCAUCACUACCCGGAUGGAGAACAAAUCACCUUCAACAACUCCAGAUGUUGCAGUAGCUUGUGAACCAGGAAGCCAAGCCACCCAUAACUGCAUGCACAGAGCAAGGGAAUCCACACUACGCCUGACCUCAAACACUGAUCAGUAAUACUGAUUGCCACAGCAACCAGUCUUUGUUUAAAGGAGCAAUAACAGGCCAAAGGAGGUGCUUGAGAAAGUGAACUGAAUUGAACCGUGCAAGGGUCUGCAGAGUGCACGAAGAAACAGGGAGAAGAUUAGUGAGAAGGAAGGCCGUUGUUUUGCGAGACAAGAUAAUGAGCAUGCAUGGAAGAAACAGAGGAGGCACGAACAGAAGAAACACAGCAGCAAGCGAAGGACAACGAGAGAGGGGAAGUAAAGAGGAAGAGAAGCAGAAGCAAAGACAGAAAGAGGAGAUAGAAUAAGAGAGGGGUGAGUGGACGGAGCCGUCACGCAGCGCUGGGAGCGAGUCUUGAUGAGGGCAUCUCUCAUCGCCAAGUCACUCUGACAGCCUGGUGCGAUGGUGGAUGGCGCACACAAACAGGCAGGAGAUUCUUGACUCGACGACACUUAUGCAGAGGAGAGCCAGAAAAACAAACCCAAAAUAUUAAAACCAUGUGUUGAGCCAGAUAAGCUGUAGAUAAAUUCCACAUUUCCCUCGUUAGUUAGGACAGUCUCUGCAGCGUAAUGUUGUAAAUAUGCUCAGACUUUAUAAGAUGACGGAAUUAUUACAUCUUCUCCGUAGUGAAAACUCAGCAACAUCAGACUGUAUAUUUGUAAACCGACCUUGAUAAAGUUGCAGAAUAACAAAAAACAUUGGAGCACAUUGGAUUUUACCGCGAGUGUUCAGCUCAGAGAGGAAACAACUGGGAUAUGGGUAUGACAGGGGAACUACAAUAUCAGAGGCAACACAGUCAGAGUUAACAUGUUACUCAUUAAAAGUGUUGGAAGAAGACACCAAAUCAGUGUACUUUCUCACUCCCAACUCAUCAAACCAAUGCUUAUUCAGUGGGCCUAAGCUUCGAACCCGCGUGACUAGCGGGUGACAAGCGAGUCACCUGAUUGGUCAAAUAUACCAAAUAACCCGGUCAAAAAACCAAGUCAAAUAGUCCUGACCUGGGGAACCCAGGACCAUGAAGAUCCCAGUUUUUCGUUGACGUGACUUACGACACUAACGGCUCACAUGGCUAACAUGUCAAUGUUUACUUUUAGUUUCACACAGGACACGAAAGUCCUGUGUUUGUUUGACCCAUCCCCACCGCUUUAUACUACGUCAGAUGGUCUGAGGGUCUAAUAUUCACACGGAUGGGUUUAUAUUGGAGUUAGUUAGGUGCGUUAAUAUCACGAGAGAGAGCUGUUUGUUUCCAGAUUCCUAAAAAUCAUAAGUACACAUUGCACAGUGUUAAACUCACAGUGAAAAAAAGAUGUGUGUGGGGAAAGGGUGGAUGGUUCCAACAGAGCUCAGCAGGACAAUGGGCUUGUGACCAAACCCACUUCAAAGUUAUCUGCGGCAGAUCAGAAAACAGUCAUGUGAAUCAUUAAAAUGAGCGUUUGUAAAUGUUUUGUAAGGCGCCGACGAUCAACGUUCUUUCUAAUUGGACAUUAGAUCAGAACAUCGCAGAACUUGUCGGUCUCUUCAGCCUCUAUCCUCUGCAACAAAUGUAUUAUUCAUGUUGCAAUCUUGUUGGAGUAUUACAUUACUCUACAUAUAGCAACAUUUGCUUCAUAUAUUGAUAUACAAAAUGAUUCUGACCUCCACUAGUGAUUAUGUAACCUCACGCAUACGUGCACCUGCAAGAUCAUUAAAAGGAAAAUUAACAUGUGAGCAAAUCAAGACUUGUGUUUUUCUGGGUUGAACCGUCACGUCUGUACUGGUUCCUGUACGGUAACGUCUGACUCAAGAGGCGAAGCCGUUCAAAGUGCACAGAAAAUGUACACAGCGCACUUUGUUGGAGUUGUGAGAGUUAAGAAAAGCGUCCUUCGCAAUAAUUCUAAAAUUGAAAGUUAAGUAUGGACUAAUCUACAAAUUAACAAACAAUCCCUUAUAAGGACGGAGGCUAAUCCCUCUUUGGGCUUGGAUAAAUGUUCAAGCUGAUAAAAUCGUAACAAGCAUGCUGUUAAUAAGGAUCGGGUUGAACAAACAGAUUGUGGGUUGGUUGUAAGGACAAGUAUAUAUUGUCGUUACAUAUAUGGACUGCUCUGACCAGUCUUUGUUCACAGUAAAUCCUUACAGUUUAGGGCUUCAACUAACAGUUUGUCAUCGUUGAAUCUGUUGUAUAUUUUCUCCAUAAAUCGGAGAAAAAAAAGAGGACAAAUGUCCACUGUGACAUCUUCAAAGGACUUGUUUUAUCUUAAAACUAUUCGGUUGUCUCUCAAAGAACACUGAGAAGAACUGAAAGUACCAUUUCAUUUUGAUUGACUAAUCUAUUGAUGGACUGCUCAUCUCAGUUCAAAUACAGUUCAAUUGUAGUACAAACAUAGGCCUUACCACAGGAUAUAUCAUGAAUGAUGGUUCCGCUCCAGUAAUUAGUCAGUCAGUGUGCCUACAAGCACAAUGGCGCUGUCCAGGAAAUAUCCUGUCGUCAGCCAACUGUAAUGUAGAGAAAAAUAUGUCAGAACACAUUGUUCAGACUUAUAAUAAGGGGGGAUGAGGUCUGGUGGGAGCCCUGGAGGUGUGAUCGGGGUGGUUUGCUGCACUCUCAUGAACUCCGUAGUUCUAGCAGAGCUCAGGAGAACAUUGGGCUUCUUGACAAAGAAGCCUUGUAUCCUUUUGGAAGACCGCAUGAGGCCACAACCUUUUGUUUCCCUCGGCUCAGCUUCAAUGCAUUGUUGGCACGGGCAGCAUUAGUUUAGUUUCUUGUGUGGUCAUUAUGUGGCUGUACAUUCCCAUGCCUUCUUUGUUGCUGAGCCACCUUAUAAUGGUGAAUAGUCUUCUUGUUAGACUGAGCUGUGUUGUAAUUUACCUCUAUCCUGGAGUAAAAGGCUUUCGUAGUAGCUGGUUUUCACUCAAGACCGUACAAGUACUGAUUUCCAUUACUGAGAAUAUCAAGACACAAAUAUUGAUAUGAACUGUUUUAUUGUGCAAUAUGAUCAUGUCUAUCUGCUUGUCACCUUUUCACGUCGUCGUUUCUCAUGUUUGGUGAGCUGAGAUCACUUUAAGCCCUCAAACCAUUUCUCACAAAUCAUUUCAUAAAUGAUUGAGAAAAAGCAGCCAGUGCUUUUUUAUUCUACUCAAAAUACCCAAUGUUCUCAAGUCAUGGCUUAUGAAGCACUGAAUUGGACAUAUGAAGGAUGUAAAUUGGUACGGUUAAUGGGUGACAUUCCUCUGGUGAUGGCUUUUAUUAUCAGAUAAUGGCGCCCUGAUUAUAAAUCAGACCUCUGAUCUUGUGGUCCAGUUGACCGACUCACAGAGUAAAGCAGAGGGAAGAAGAAGAGAGGCAGAGGAAGUAGAGCUGAACACGAUGAGGAUGUAGAGUGAUAUCAAUGCUGUUUAUCUCAUUCGGACAAUUGGAUUCAUUUUUAUGACUUUUAAAAGUGUUAAAUAGCGAGCUGGUUUGGUAGAUAAUACCAUUUGCCAGUGAUUUUCCUCUAUAUAGCCUGUACAUUUGCACUUUGCAUAACAUAUAUAUCAAUAUAUUUUCAAUGGGUGAUUUCAUUUUAAACUAAUAAAAAAUGUGUGCUUCCAUCAAAAGGGUGGUGAAGAUAAUUCUCAUGAAAAGAUUCAAGAGAAGUGAAAAGAUUUUUCUUUUCAGCAUCUAUAAAUAUGCAAAUCAUUUUCAUUUCAAAAGACACUGGACGUCUUCUGCUUUACUCAAACGUUUCAAAGUUCAACAUCACACUUGACGCAAAUCCUGCUUGCACGUGCGAGACUUGAAAUGAGCUUUAAGUGGAACACAGAGAAGCCUUCCUCCAUCAGCAGAUUAAUUAGUAAACAGCCUUCUGGGGUCAAACCCUGCACAUACAUCAAUCUGCUUAACACAUGCAAGUGAAGGAACAACAAGCAAAAACCCGUGUUAUAUUACAUCAAUUUUCAAGUUGGUUGAAUCUUGAACUCUGUACCGGGGGCAGUUGUGCUCAUCAUAACACCAGUUAAGGACAUGUUAAACAUGUGACAACAGUCAUCCUGCAUACACACGUAAAGAGGAGCUCAGUUUAAAGCUCACGAUAACAAUUUUUACCUCAAUGAAAUACAAUUCCAACACCAAACAACUAAAUGAGCACACAGCACAAACGGUGCAUGCACACAUAGCGGUGCAGGCGAUUCUGCCAUUUCAUGAUACCUGCACACAUGACAUGUUGUUACGGAGGCUGAUACUCCACAGAUUACAACGGUAUAACUCAUCACUCUACCACCUGCGGUCAAAGAAGAGAAAAAAAUUAAUUUCACUGUAUACAACCAUAACCAUGAAUUAUAUUUUAUUUUUGCUGUUUUGUGUUCUAAAGUUGUGUGUGAGGGGAUAUUAACUCUGCUAAUAGCAGCUGCUUUAGCUUACAUUAAACCUCUGACACAAAUAUUUUGAAGGACUUUGGUUCCAUGAAGCCUUCGUCAGUGGAUCAGCAACAUACAACAUUAGAAUUGGAUGCUAACCCACCACUCCAACACACAGCCUGUACACACAGCCUGUACCCUACAUUUUUCUGAAGAGUUUUUUUUUUUAACUACAGCUGUGAUAGAAAGCAUCUAGAUUCAACAGUCCCAUCCAUCUCCCUGGAGAAUGUAAAGAUAAGUGACAUUGUUGACAGUACUACACUGUGGUUCAGACUAUACGGAAAAUACCUUAAAGUUUCAUUACCAGAUGAUAACGAGCUUGUUGCAAUUGAGGUCAUGCAUCAUAAUGAUGCAAUGUAGGACUUGAUGUGAGUAAUAACAGGUACAAGAUACUGCAGUGCGUCAUUGUCUUUCUCAACCCACAACAUCAGUCUUUUUCUUUUUUUUCUUAUCUCUGUUAUUUGAAUGAAAUCUCCCAGAACAUAAAAGCAUCAUUUUCACAGUUACAUAAAGCCUGGCAGAAAACUGACAAUGCAGAUGGAGCAUAAAUUGUUGGACACCUCCUUCAGUUGAGUGUCAGAAAGGAAAAAGGCAAAAUAAAUUGCAUUUAUUUGCAUUGACUUAAUGUAUUUUGCCUUAACUGCAUGUAUGCUGAAAUACUUUGACCUUGUUUUCCACAUCCGGACACUAUCCAGUCCUGUUACAGAAACAGAUGGAGAAAGACUGUUUUUCUUCUGACUGUCAGAAACUGGCAUCAGAACAUCAGCGCUGACACACAGACUGAACUCUUUGUCCCUUCAUCCCUGUUAAGUAAUUUAACAUACAAUGAAAUGAUUUCAACACCGGGUCAGCUCUUUCUGUGAUCAUCGGGGGUGAGCUAUGUACAUUUAUUUAGACUGUGUACACAAACAUACCAGGUGCAUUCCCUGUGUGCGCCUGUCUCAUUACCUCUAAUGUGUAGGGCUAAAUUGACAUGCACAUCUUAGUAGUAUUUGGCCUAACUUCCGUUUAACAGAACAGAACAAACUGUUGGAGAUAAGUAACCUCAAGCUGAUGUUCUCUGUUCUCACCCACAUUCCUUUUCCUUUUUCUGACCGCACAAGGGGAUCGGAUUUAAAACAGACAACUCGUGUUAGGCAUGGGUCACAAAAUUGCAAUUACUCUCCAAAACAUCAACAAACUUACCAAAAUAAUAAAGACUUCACAAAAUGCAUUAGAAAAUAGAAUACAAAAGACAAGAUAAAAUGCAUACCAGCAUACACCACAAACCAGGAAGUGGUAGGACCCCAGACAACAAGAGCUGGCCAUGACUAUGACUUUGUUUAUGUCCUGUUAUGUGGGUGGAGAGUUACACCAAUCAUUGGUUACACCUGCCCCACUCACCAGUCCCUGGUGGCUACACAUGCAUAAUUUCAAAGCACAAGGAUGAGUGGCCAUAGACUGUUUAUAAGAAGUUGACGUAGUCGAUGUGACGUCACCGAUUGGUUUGUGAACUACGGUUUUGAAGCCUUGAGUAUGGCGAUUUGGCCAACGCUAUCUUGUUUUUCUUUUUGCAAUGAAUGAACACAAGUGACCAUAUUUGGACUGUGGAGGAGUGAUUUGAUUUUAAAGUGACCUUUACAUUAGAAUCACAAAGACAAGUUUAGAUUUCAAUCGAUAAUGAACACCAAGAAUAAUGCACUCCAUGUUCUUUCUGUUUCUACUUGACAAAUGUAAAGUCACAGAUGCCUGGGACCAGGCUAGCCUGUAAUGAGGCCAAUGGAGUUAACAUACCGGAACGUAAAGAGGUCACACAAGCCUACAUUUGACUUAUACAAAGGCUCGACACAGCAGGCUCGCAUCAUAUUAAUGCUGGUGUUAUUUGCAUGUCAAAUGCUCCAAAACCUUCUCUGCUCCACUUAACAAUUCUUACGUCUGUGAAAGGACGUAAGAAUGAAUGUUAGGUUUAGGCAAAAAAAAACACUUAGGAAAAACAUCAAGGUU